AGAAAGCUGGAAAGUUUGUGUUGGCGGAAAGCAGAGAAGCACACAGAGAAGGCGUGCGACUCUGCCGCGAAGACGAAAGCAAGAAGAAAGAGGCCGCUUCGCUGUGCAAGAAACCGGGGUGUGAUCGACCAAAUAUGCAAAGGAAGGAUAGGGCGUGGUAGGAAGCCGUUGCCGGAAAUUUUGGUCAGUAAUCGCUGCAGACGGGAGAGAGUUUGAGAGCAAAUAGAGUGGAUAUAAGAAGGGCUUAUGCUUUUGAUUUAUGGAUUUUGAGGUUUAAGCCGAGAGAAAGAGUAGAGAGUGAGGGAAGAGAUUUCUGGUUUCAAAAGGCAGAAAAAGUGAGGGCAAAUAGCGAAGGGAUUGUGGGAUCUCUGGUAGCAUAAGCAAAGGAGAGGCAGAGAAGAAGAAAACAAGAAAGAAGAAGAGGAAAACACAGGGAAGCAAUUUCGGCCGUUGGAAGAGUCUUAUGUAGCGAUGCAUCACUCAUGUUGUGAUAAUGAGCAGGCUUUAAGGAUAUUCAGUUGGUGGGUUGUCAGCUUAAGGGAAACAAUGCAUCCAGCUAAUGAAGACGGUUACAAACCCCCACCAGAACUCGAAGUGGACACCAUGCAGCCACUUAUUGAUAUUAAUGUAAAUGAAAACACGGAGUUCUGGCUUAUUCAGUGGCCCCUUAAUCAGUUUCCUGAAAUUGAUGGGAGAGAAUUGAAACUCGAGCUUCAUCAAGAUGGGCAGUUCAGCAGUGUUGAAGAUUCAUCUGGGAAAGCUUAUGAUUUGGUCAGCUUUGCAGCUCAAGAGGCAGAUGCUGUGGUUAUUUUACCUUCCGGAUCAGAGUCAAAGAUUGUUGGGAGAAUUUCUCGGCGAGUUUCCCUUGUUCGGUACCCAGAGCCAGAUGAACUUGAAAAACUGAGUUCCAAAAAGCAUCAAAAACCAACCGGAACAUUUCUGACAAAUUCUUCUCACUAUUUAUCAACUCCUACGCAAAGUAAUUGGGUGAGAAGCUCACAGUCUGGUCGGGGUGAUCCAGCCUCCACACACAGUAGCAAACAUAAAAGUUCCAUAUCUGGAGUCAGUGAGGAAUCGAAGCCAUUAAAAAGAAAACACGUCAGUGAACCCUCUGGAUCCAUGGGCCGAUCAGCAUUAGAGUCAGGACGAGGUCAGAGUUCUGUUACUUUCUCAGGUGGAUCCUCAGGACGAGCCCAUAGUUCAACUACUACGGUUUCAGGCUCCUCGGAGCCAGACCGUGAAGGAAAGUUGAAAAAGAAGAGGAGAAUCGAGUAAUGUCCACCAUGCUCCUGCUGGUUUUAUUUUGUUGGUUAUUAAUAUUACCAUACCACAAUGACACAUUUCUGGCAGAAUGUGACAUUGCUUCAGUGAUUCUUCACAAUCAUUAAUGCCCCCCUGGUUUUCUUGACUCGAAAAUACUCCAAGUUCUAUAUAUGAAUAUGGAAUCUCAUUAUUAUGCA